AUGGUAGUCAAUGUGAAUGAUAAGGACAUUUCUGCUAAAACCAAAGGAGGAGAUGUCUCUACUAUUCCUUAUGGAAUGAUCGUUUGGUCAACUGGUAUUGGGACUCGUCCUGUGAUCAAAGAGUUUAUGAAACAAAUUGGCCAGGGUAAUAGACGUGCUUUAGCAACCGAUGAAUGGCUUCGGGUUGAAGGAUGUGAUAAUAUAUAUGCACUUGGUGACUGCGCAUCAAUCAACCAGAGAAAAAUCAUGGAAGACAUAGCUGAUAUAUUCAAGAAAGCAGAUAAGGACAAUUCAGGAAAAAUGACAGUGAAAAAAUUUCAAAAAGUAAUGGGUGAGAUAUGUGAUAGAUACCCUCAAGUAGAGCUCUACUUGAAGAGCAAAGGUAUGCGUGGGAUCACCGAUCUUCUAAAACAAGCACAAGCUGAGAAUGGUUCAAAUAAGUCCACUGAACUCAAUAUAGAAGAACUUAAAUCUGCUCUUUGUCAAGUUGACUCACAAGUGAAGUUUCUUCCAGCUACUGCACAGGUUGCUGCUCAACAAGGGACUUAUCUUGCAAAAUGCUUUGACCGUAUGGAACAAUGCGAGAAGAAUCCUGAAGGUCCCAUUAGGAUUAGAGGAGAAGGUCGUCAUCGUUUCCGUCCCUUCAGGUUAUAUCCAAAUAUGCCAUCUUACACGCUUAGCCAUUGA